AUGUGGUACAUUACGCGCAUCCUGUCGGCGCUCCUGUUUCUGUUCAGCGUCGUCUUCACCAUCCCACUGGCCUUUGAUGUCGGCGGCCGAACCUGUGGUCUUGCCUUUUCACUCUCGCUGAGCGCUUUCUACUUCUUCUACUCUGCGCUACGACUUGCCACGCCCGAUCGCUCGAGACUUCGCUAUGCCCUCGUCAACACCAUCGCUGCCUCGCAGUGGAUCGUCAUCCCCACCCUCAUGAUCUGGAGUCUCAACAAGUUCUCGGUCGACUCGGACGCGAGCGCGUGGGUGGAAAAGACCUUCAGUGGGAAAAGAGCACAGCACGAUACUUUCUAUGCAUGGGUUUUUGGUAGCGACGGCCUGGUGCAGUCACUCACCAUCGGCGGCUGGGACAAACUGCUGCGCUGGUCGACCCCCGUCUUCCAGCUGAGUGAAGGCUUCUGCAGUCUGCUCGUCAUCCAAGCCGCUGGUCAAAUCACAAGAUACCUGGUGAACCGUGAAGGUGGUGAUGGCUGGAUGAUCGGACUGCUGAUCACCUCUGCCUCGAUCAUCUCGAGUUCCGUCUAUUUCCUAUGGAGAAUCACCACUUUCCCGGAGCUCGGUAAUGUCGAUGCUAUCCUGAUCGGCGUUGCAAUUACCUGCGCCUUCUUCCUCUGUGUUUGGGGCAUUGGCAGCGGCAAGGGCAACCCCGUCGAAAGCUCGCUGCUCUUCGCCUACAUCACCUUGUGCAUCUACCAGAUCUUUACCGACUACCAGCCCUCGAACCCAGCUCAAUCCGUUCCUGUUCCUGCCGAGCCAGAUUUCCCUCCAUUGCCUCCAAUCAUCAUGGCAUCCUACUCGACUCUGAUGCACGCUCUCUCAACUCUCCCGUCUACGAUCCACACUUCGUUCAACUUUCUGUUCGCAGCAAUCAUGACCAUUACUCCCUCCGUCAUCAUUUCGCUAGCAUACCGUCUCUUCGUUAUGUACGCCUCCGCUCGAAUCAUUCCGGCUGUGCGCGAGUCAGGAGCUCGCGCGCUUUCGCAAGAACCGUCGCUGGAAGAUAGUGACGGCGUGGGCCAGGUCCUUGGGCUCCUUGGCUACUUCAGCCCAAGUAUCCUGAUAGCUGUCUACACCAGUCUCUUGAUGCAACAUUUCGCUUCGGCUUCAGCUGAUCACCCUGGAGAGUGGUGGACCAGUCAAGGCGGAGACGCAGGUAGCAACGUCUGGAGAUGGGCCAAUCUGGCUGGUACUAUGGCACUCUACGCAGUCGAAUUGUAUCUUGGCAAGGGCCACGAUGACAGUAGUCUCACAAGUCAUUGGAAGAUUGACUGA